UCGUGCGCCAGCUAAUUAAGUUGAGCCACAAGAGCUAGAGCAGAGGAGCACCAGUGUUCACAGCAUCAACCGAUCGAUUGUCGGAGCCACGACCAUGGCCGAGGCAGCUGCUGAGAAGCUGGUCUGCGUGACCGGAGCUGGAGGCUUCAUCGGGUCAUGGCUGGUCAAGGAGCUGCUCCAACGCGGCUACGUUGUGAGGGGCACCGCGAGGCACCCUGAGGACCCCAAGAAUGCCCAUCUGCUGGCACUGGAUGGAGCUCAAGAACGGCUAUCUCUGUACCAUGCUGACGUGCUGGACUACAUGUCGCUUUGUCGUGCGUUCAGCUUAUGUCAUGGUGUCUUCCAUGUUGCCUCCCCGGUGUCGAAUGAUCCUAACCUUGUGCCGGUUGCUGUUGAGGGAACAAAGAACGUUCUGAACGCUGCAGCAGACAUGGGAGUGCAACGUGUGGUGUUCACCUCAUCUUACGGAGCUAUCCACAUGAACCCUAACAGGAGCCCUGACCAGACUCUGGACGAGGGUUGUUGGAGUGACCCUGAAUUCUGCAAACAAACACAGAACUGGUAUUGCUAUGCAAAGAUGGCUGCUGAAAACACUGCAAUGGAAGAGGCAUUAAAGAGAGGGAUACAACUACUAAUAGUUGUCCCAUCAGUGACAAUAGGUAGAAUGCUACAACCAACAUUAAACAUAAGUUUAGCCAAUGUUGCUGCCUACAUGAUGGGCACAAAGAAGGCAUACUCAAAUGUAAUUGGCGGAUAUGUCGAUGUGCAAGACGUUGCCCUUGCCCAUAUUUUGGUGUAUGAAGAUUUACGCACGCAUGGGCGGUACCUCUGCAUAGGUGACAUGCUACAUCUAUCAAAGUAUGUUCAAAUGAUGAGAGAACUCUUCCCACAAUACCCGAUCACCAACAAAUGCAAGGAUGAAAACAAGCCAAUGGUUAAGCCUUACAAGUUCUCCACAAAACGCCUUGGUGCUUUGGGUAUGAAGUUCACUACUUUGAAAGAGAGUUUAUACAACACAGUGGUCAGCCUACAGGAGAAUGGUCAUAUCCCAAUAUUGCUACAUAAGUCAUCCCUAUGAGGAACAAGGAUACAAAAGAUAGAUUUCAACAAGAUGGUGUUAAUGCCUCAGUUGGUAUACAUGGACUAUGUAUGAACAUGAGAAAUAUGAUUCUAAAAGUGAAUAACCACUCAAAUUGUCCAAUAAAUAAAAUAUGGCAAACUUGAAGUUGUUGUUCAAUGUCUUUUUUUGGAAGAAGUUGGUGAGCAUAUAUUCCUA